AUGCUUGCUGAACAGCUGGUAGAAAGUCAGGAGGUUGUGCAGGUCAUCAUGGACUUGGCUGUCAACCCCUUCCCUUUCAACUACUAUACCAACUCCACUAUUUCCACCUGCCUUGGACUUCUGGAGUUCACCACUCCAGCUGGGACUCCAAUCUCAGUUGCCAACUUACCCAAGGAGAACUCUAUCAGCCUUCGAUUGCCAGUUGGACAGCAGAAGCCACAAGACUUGCCCCAGACACUAAUUGUCAUCCCACCAGAAGGCUCAGUUAACCUUACGGUGACAGUGGCAUCAGGCAGCAAUGCUACAGGGAUACACAUUCAUGUCAGUUUCACUGUGAUGGAGGGGUUGGACUCCAGCCGGGAGAAUGAUCCCUCACUUUAUCUUUAUGGACAUAAUGCUCCAUCUCCCAAUGAGUUCCACUGUACGUUGAAGGAGGAAAUUGUCUUUUCUAAUGGUCUGGAAGAAAGCCGCAGCAGGGAGGUCACCCUCUUAAUUUCACCUCUUCACCAUCUCAAUGACACUCAUCAGGAAUACUACAUCAACAUCACCAGUCACUUCUGCUGCUCUCCUGUUGGUGCCCACAUCUCUGUUUUUGCCAGUCUUUGCCAGUAUUUCCAUUUUCCUAGCAAGCAGUGGGGUGCAGAUGGAGUGACCCCAACAGCCGCCACCAGUCCCAAGGAGAUUGUGUGCCUGACGGAGCAUCUCACAAUCUUUGGCGGUAGUCUCUUUGUGCCUCCUCACAGUGUUGUCUUCUUGCCACCGAGGAAGCAUUCCUGGCAGAGUCCAUUGGCAGUGAUCACCUGCUGUGUUCUUUUCUCCAUCUACGUGGGGAUAGCACUGAUAUCCCACAAGCUGGACGAUAUUGACAUCACUCGGGUAGGGAUCAUCCCACGGUGUGGCCAGCCUGGACGGUACAAGUACUGGGUGAUGGUGAAGACUGGUUGGAAAAGAGGCUCAGGUACCACAGCCCAUAUAGGCAUCAGAUUAUAUGGGCUGAACAAAAGUGGCUAUCGCCACCUGGACAAGGGCUGGGCCUUCCAGAGAAAUAACCAGGAUAUUUUCCAAAUAGAAACAGAUACAAACCUAGGAGAGAUCUGGAAGAUCCACAUCUGGCAUGAUAACACCGGCCUGGACCCCUCUUGGUACCUGCAGCAUGUUAUUGUAUGGGACAAGCAGACAGACAAUAUGUAUUUCUUCCUGGUGGAGGACUGGCUGUCUGUGGAAAAUGAAAAGAAUGAAGGAAUGGUGGAAAAGGAAGUCCUUGCAGCAUGUCCACCAGAACUGAGAUGCUUUCCCCGAAUUUUCCCUGCACAGAUGCGCCUCGGGUUUUCUGACUGGCAUAUUUGGCUUUCUGUUUGGAGCCGUCCUCCUAAUAGCCGCUUUACCCGGGUACAGAGGCUCACUUGCUGCAUGCUCAUGGUUCACCUUUUCUUAGCUACAUGUGCCAUCUGGUAUGGUGCAAUUGGAGUUAAGGGUCACAGCAAUCCUGUAGGAAGCCACACAUCUGUUACAGCAGAGAACAUUGUGGUUGGAGUGAUUGUGGCUGUUGUGGUUUACCCAAUACAACUGCUCUUCAGUUUUUUCUUCAGGAAAACACGCAGUAAGAUUGUAAUAGAAGAUCCUGACCCACCUGCUCAGGACUGCCAGACUGUGGAGAUGGAUGUGUCUCUUGACUGCUCUAACUUCGGUAGCUCUUCCUUCUUGUCUGUCUCUGGAAAAAUUGACUCCAUCGUGGAUUCUGUUGGCAGUAAGUCCCCUUUUAGCAGAAAACCAGCUUCCAACCAGAAGAAUGUCAUCGGAGCAGGCAAUGACAGGACUGUCUAUCAGCGGCCUUCAUGUGACAGCAUCUUUGAUAUCCCUGACCUUUUGAAUUCUGAUCCCCUGAUGAAUCAGAGUCGGAUUCUCAAGAGGAAGAAAGCUAUGGCAAAGUUGGGAAUUGAAUCCAUUUCCAGUUCUGAUGACGACCCCCUCUCCUUUUCGUUCAGAGAUUCUGAGGAAAAGGAAGGAUUGUUCAGUUGUGGCAUUGAUAAAGCUCAGGAGAACAUUUCUGACUGUGUCACAUCUGACAGUGGCAGAUUUUCACCCCAGGCUGAAGCAGAUCUCAUCUAUGACAGUAUGGAGAGUUCCAGUAGUGGCUGGUCUGAUGGGAUUGUGCAGCAUGGAAGCAGCUGGGGCUUUCUGCGGAAGUCAUUCUCUUAUGUCUCUGCUAUGACAACCAUUGGGACUGCUUUCUUUUCUGAUCUGGAAUCUCCUCCUGCAUCGGUUUCCUCACUUUCUACUCGGAUUGGGGUGCCCCGAAGAUGUCAGGAAUGGCUCUUCCCUCCAUGGAUGCUGCUAGUAACCUACAUAUCCAUUUUCUUGCUGCUCGCUGGCUGUUUCUCCAUCAGUAUCUUAUAUGGCUCCUACUUCCUUGACCACACUGCCUUGGUGUGGCUGAUCUCUUCUGCCUUUGCCUUCAUCACAUCUUUCUUCUUCCUGGAGCCAAUGAAGGUGGUUUUUGGAGCUCUGCAUGCUGCUCUCAUCAGCAAGCCAGUGGAGAGCGAAGUUGAUGGACUGGUGGAGGAGCCCUUGGUGAAGCAGAUGCCUGAACAAGUGGGGAAGGUGCGAGUGCCCUGUGGUUAUGGGCUGCUGCAGGCCAAGGAGGAGGCCAAGAAAGUCCGUGCUCUCAAGGGGUUGAUGCGGAACUGCCUCACCCGUAUGCUGUUCCUUCUGGUGGUACUGACCAUCAAUUACCAGAGAUGCUUCCAUGACAACAAUGUCCACCUUCUGCAUGCUGCUGUCAAACAGGAGAUAUCUGUGACAAAUGGCAAAGGGCUGAACUUCACAUCUGUGUGCAGUUACUCUGACACAUUGGAAUGGAUAGACACUGUGCUGCUGAACUACCUUUAUGACAACCCAAAGCUAAGACUAGUAGGAGUGCCUCAACUCCAUCUACAAAGCUCCACUGCAAGCCUAAUUAUGGAUCCAGGACUUUCCCAACCUGGGAUGUACCACUUCAGUACUGCCAGCCGCACCUGUCCUCUGUGCCACUUGUCUGGGUCCAGAUCAGAGACUUCUUGGAGCAGUGAAACAAAUAAAAACACAUGCUCUGACCCAACUCAGCACAGUUCUGUUAGGAACAAAGCUCUGUUUGUCGAGUUCACCCAGUACAAUGCUGAUGUAAAUCUGUACGUAACUGUGAUGCUCCUGUUCGAGUUUCCAUUAGAUGGGCGAGCAACUGUUUCACUGUCCAUUUUCCCCUUCCAAAUGUUAAAUUCAAGUGAAAGUCUGGACCUCCACCUUGCCAUGGUGGUACGUAUCCUGCACUGA